AUCUUGACAUUAGUUGACAUUGACAAUUUAAAUUUUGUGAUUUAAAUUGAGAGAGUGACAAAUCUUGCUGAUUUAAUUUACUAAAAUCUAAAAUUUACUGAUUUUCAUUUCAUUCUGAAAAUAAAAUUAAACAGAGGUAGAUAUCUUCAAUAUUAAAAUGUCGUUAAAUACGGCUCAUAUAAACGGUGGCGUUUUAAUACAUUCAGGUGAACAAAUCCUAUUAUUUUCUGACAACGUAAACAUCGAAUGGUCAGGUCAAGAGGUCAGUGCAUUCAGAGGCAAGAAACAUGGACGAAUUUUUCUCACUACUCACCGGGUUAUAUUUAAUAAUAAUUCAAGUUCUGACGAGAUGCAAAGUUUUAGCAUGCCUUUUGUGACUCUCGGAGAAGUAGAGGUUGAACAACCAGUUUUUGGGGCAAAUUAUGUAAAAGGGAAAGUAAGAGCACAACCAAAUGGCAAUUGGGUAGGAGAAGCCAAAUUUAAAAUUACUUUUAAACAUGGUGGGGCAAUAGAUUUUGGCCAAGCACUAUUACGUGCUGCACAUUAUGCAACCAGAGGCGCUAUGAAUGCACCUCCACCAUGUGAACCGCCACAACCACAGUGGUAUGCAGCUCCUCCGCCUGCUUAUGCCCCUCCACCUCAAGGUUACUAUGGUUGGGUACCCCCAACAAACGUAUUUCCUCAACAACCACCUACUGAUGGAGUUUUUAUGACUGACGCUCCACCUCCUUAUCCAGGUAUUUACCCAGGAGGACAACCUAAUGGAUAUGGUCCUCCACAAGGUGGUUAUGGUCCAGCACCAGGAUAUGCUCCAGGUGGGAAUUUCCCACCUCAAGGGUUAGCUGGCUUUGUUCCAGGAGGUCCAAGUGGAUCUACAGGAUUUACUAAUCCAGCAGAUGCUAAAGCAGCAGAAGCUGCACAGUCUGCUUAUUAUGAUCCCAAUAGACCGCAAAUGGCAUACGUACCACCACCAGCAUAUUAUGAAAAUCCACCAAGUUACAAUCAGGCCAUGAAUACCAACAAAAAGGAACAGUAAUGCUUAUAAAUCAGUAUUUAUAAAUAUAUAUAUAACAUAGUAUUUAUAAACUAUACUAAAUCAGGCACUUUAUAAAAUAAAAUACUAAUUAUACAAUUUUAAUCAGCAUAGAAUUAUUUUGUAUAGUGUAAUUUUGAAUAUAUCUAGAGUAUUGUCAAAGUUUGUAUUGUUAACAUUUAUGAAAAGUGUAUAGAAAAUAUUUUUAUUAUAUUUAGAUAUUACAGUUAAUUUACGUAAAUAAGCAUUCCUAGAACCCUUGUCGCUGCUUUUUCAGUAAAUAUUAGAAUUGUUUUAAGUAAAAUUACAUAUGAGCGGGCUUAUAUUUAGUCAUUGUUUUAUAUUUUAUUCAUUUAUAAUUGUUACUAUUUGUUUAAUAAAGCUUACAAUGUAUAUUAAA